AUGACCAACGCCUACGCGACGGCGACGGCGCCGGGUGAUGAGGACCUGGAGGCGCUCCGUGUCACUCAGCCACUUCUUCCCAACCAUCAUCAAACGGAGGAUUACGACUCGUACUCGUGGGUACUUCUUGAAGACCAUCCGCUGCGCUUGCAUCCGACGGAGGUGGAGUGUCAUCCGGAGAUUCUGUCCUUCUCAAGGAAAUGCUUUGCGGGAUUGAGGAAGGGCUGGAGGGAGCGUGUGCUUCCGUUGCUGUGUUUGGUGUUGAUGUUUUUCGUCGUCGUGCAAUUCUUAUUGCAGUUGCCGCGACUUGCUUCGUAUUUUUCUGAGCCGGUUGCGUUAAGGGAGCUUCCGGGGUUUGUUCAGCUGUUGCCAACGCUUGGAGAUUCGGUCCACGUUGAGAGUUCCGAGUCGGGGGGUUGCCUCUAUGAGGCACCACCACCUUUGACGAUAGGAGAGACCUACGAUGCCGUUGAGAAUGCUCUUAUCUCCGGAUGCGCCGGUGUCAAAGUCGACUUGUGGCUACGGAACCAUGACCUACUUGUGGGCAGCGACUCCAAGAAUCUCAAUAAAGAGCGCACUCUGCAGACUGUCUAUCUUCAACCGCUACAAACGAAGCUAGAUGCGCUGAAUCCUCCUUCUUCAAAUACCUCCAGCACCACUGAUAAGGACACGAGUGACUCCGAUGAGAUCAACACCAUCGGACUAUUCGAAGGAAACCCGACGCAGUCUUUCACCUUAAUCCUGGAUAUCCAUACUCCCGCGCACACAACGUGGCCACGGCUCUUUGCGCAGUUGAGAACACUAAAUGAGAGCGGAUAUCUGUCUUAUCGCGAUAAUGGGACGCGAGGCCUUGUCAUGCGACCGGUUACACUUGUCCUUGCGGAGAACGAGCGCCAGCGACCCUCGUGGAUGGAGCGGCUGUCGCGGAUUAUGAGGGGGUGUUGA